AUGGGCAGAGCUCCAUGUUGUGAUAAAGCAAAUGUUAAGAGAGGACCAUGGUCUCCUGAAGAAGACACAACUCUCAAGGAUUAUAUACGCAGACAUGGAACUGUCAGUAACUGGAUUUCUCUACCCCAAAAAGCUGGACUUAAGCGAUGUGGAAAGAGUUGUCGAUUACGCUGGCUUAAUUAUCUUAGGCCGGACAUUAAACAUGGAGGUUACUCUGAAGAGGAAGAUAAUAUAAUUUGCACUCUCUACAAAAAUAUUGGAAGCCGGUGGUCUACUAUUGCUUCACAUCUUCCAGGAAGAACAGAUAAUGAUGUGAAGAAUUACUGGAACACUAAGUUGAAGAAAAAAUUAAUGGCACCAGCUACUACUACACCAUCCAAACCAAAUUAUCUUCUUAAUACUAAUAGCAACAACCAAAUUCAUCAACAACUCACUUCAUUUUCAUCACCAUCAUUAACAGAUCCACCACCAUUAACAAACCUAUAUGCUACUACUCCAGAGAUGGACAAUCACAUUCAAGUUAGUGACUUCUCAUAUUCACCUGAUUUUGGUUCUGAUAAUCAAAAACAAGAUUCAAACCUAGUAUAUGAACUUGGGUCAUUAACAUCUCAAGCAAUUUCAAAUCUUUACUAUCCUAAUUAUUAUUACUUUACCUCAUCGACAACAUGGUCUAAUGAUAAUGCUACAAUUGAUAAUGGUAGUGGUGCAAGUGGUGAGGAAUAUGACAGUUUGUUUAAGGAGUUUGGAUUUGAUCCGUCUUCAUCAUCUGAUUAUUUUUGGAUUGCUUAGUAGUAAUUAUGAACUCAACAAAGACUGGCUUGUUAAAUUUAUUAACUUAAUAUUCUAGGUAUCCCUCUAUCAG